CAAAACUUUUGCGAGAUAACGCAAAACUGUUUUGCGAGAUAACGCAAAAGAGGCUGCGGUAAAGUUAGAAACAUAUUCACAUAUUCAAACUUCCGGGAUCAAUAACUCCCAAGUGAAUGGUUCUAACACAGCAAACCAUACCUCUUUCCAACCGUGGCAACACAGACAAACAGCUACAACCCAGUUUUUACCAAAACGAGACGUCUUCUGUGCAGUUGGACUUAUAUUGAUCUCUAUGAGAAGCUGGUAGCGAGACCGGAGAGCGGGAACCGUCUACAGAUGUCUUUUUCUUCUUCUGUAUUAUGGCAGUUGGCAUCAGUAGUAUCAUACACAUACACACUAUCAGACACUUUUAUAAACACUUAGGGCUAUUAUUCUAGUAUAGUGCACGCUGUACCUGUGUACCACUGAAUUUUUCCCAUUUGAAAUGAAUGGGGAGUUUUUCCAAAGUUCCAUAUUUCUCACAUUUUUUAACCAAUUUGGGCCACCUCCAAGACAGAAUGUUCAUACAAUACUUUGCUACAAGAAAGGAUAAAUAUGAUCUCAGGUAAAAAUUAAACCUAAAACACUCAUACGUGACAACAACGCUAAAAACCCACAGCAUUUCAGUACAUCACAUUAUACAUCACUAUGCCUGUCACGAUAACAAAUUUUGCUGGUCGAUAAUUGAUUUAAUAAAAAAACUUCUCUUUAGACCAUUUUUUGAAUAAUUGUCAUGAGAGGUGUACUACACAUUUUAGCCACUAGAUCGUACUCAAGUAUAGUCUACCUGUGUACCACACAUUUUUUUCCCUUUGAAAAAAUGAAUGGGGAAUUUUUCAAAGUUCCAUAUUCCUCACAUUUCUCAACCAAUUCAGACCGGCUCCAAGACAGACUGUUUUAAUCAUUGGAGAACUUUUUUUCUGCUGAAAUUUUUGAGCUGCACUAGUGAUGGGCUCUGUGAACAGGCACACAGACAGAACCACAUAACACUGCAAACCAUAGAAGAAAAAAGAACGCAUGCGCAAAAGUCUGUCAUCGAGACACAUGAAGACUUACGAGAAGUAGAAUUACUUCUGCGAGUCAUUGUGGAAUAUAACAACGAAAUAUCAGGAGAAUGUCGACUGAGAUUACAAGACGUUCUCCAGCAGGUGGCAUCACGUACUCUCGACAUUGUUCGUCUCUCAGGUCACAGUGCACAUCGCCUGAUGCAUCAACUGGCCCGGCUAAGGCGCCACCUGCCAUGGUCCAGCGUGCUGACUCAGGCGCUGCUGCUGUUCUUCUUCACAUUCUGCAUGCUGCUUCCCGUGUGCUGCCACCGCCUGGUCUACUCUUACUUCUUCCUCAGGUCCACCUACCUGGACGGCAUAAGCGAGGAUGCUUUGCAGGAGAGCUUGCAGCGAGGUCAGCAUGCUCUGCGCUUCUGGCAGAGCUCCUCUAUGAACUUUUUGGACGUGGCCUCGAGCCCUGAGCUGUUGGUUACCGUGGUGACGGCCCAGCGUCACGACGGGCGAGACUUCCAUUACCUGCUGCAGGUGAUGCACCAGUUGAGUGUCGUGCUGGGCACAUGCGGGGAACGGCGGUGUGCUGAGGUUCUGCUGUGCGACGUGGCGAGCAACCCUCAGGACAACGGAGACGCCAGACUUCUGGAGGGGAACUUCAGAGUAAUCCGCAGGCGAGACAGGAGUCCGGAGCACGUGAACAUCUUUGAGCAGGAGAAGAGAGACUACACGUUCUGUCUGCGUCACGCCUUCAACUCGGUGCGGCCCAGGAACUUGGUGGUCUUAGAAGAUGACGCCCUUCCCCUGCAGAACUUCUUCCAGGUGGUCCAGGAUCUGCUGAGUCGGCGCUUCGCCGCGCACACACUCUACGUCAAGCUGUACCACCCUGAGAGGCUGCAGCGCUACUGGAACCCUGAGCCUUACCGCAUCCUGGAAUGGGUUGGACUGGGCGUGGUGGGCACUACACUGGUGCUUCUCACACUUUCUUACUGGAAUCCUUGCUCCUUCUCCUUCACGCCAUCCGCCCUGCACCUCCUCCUCCUCACCGUCUACGUGAUGGCCGCCGCCGAGCUGCUGGGGCGCCAUUACCUGCUGGAGUUGCGCCGUGUCUCCCCUCAGCUGUAUGCCGUUUCCCCUGCCACCGAGUGCUGCACCCCUGCCAUGCUGUUCCCUGGGAAUGCCUCCCUGAGGGUGGCCCGCUACCUGGACGAUGCCUUUUGCACCAAAGGCAAUGCCAAGGACAAAGUUCUGUACAACAUAGUCCGCAGCAUACCGGGAGAACAGGCUCACAGCGUGGAACCCAACCUAAUUAGCCACAUCGGAGCGUUUUCCUCGAUCAGGCCCAACCCGGCCCGGCCCAAACUUUUGUGACAGAACCACGCUGUUU